AUGAAUUUAGAGCUGUCUGCUGAAAUAAGCUUAAUACAUGGCUUGUCUAUUAACAACAAGGGCAAGUUUAUAUGGUCGUCUUCUUUUGAAGCGUUACAAAAAUUUGUUUGUGAAGUUCUGGUCUUACCAGACGUAAAGUGGACUUGACCAGGAGGCCAUUCCAAGCUGUACGAAGAGGAAAAUAUAUCUAUUCGUUGGUAUACAGACUCGAAGUCGCUUAUUCUAAGUGGUAAAGACUCGCAAUUGUUUGAAGGAAAGUUAGUUGACAUCGCCUCAAUAUCCGAAACCUUAGUCAACGUUAAGGACAAGAUUAAUAUUUUGCCUUCUCCACAAACGAGUUCAGAAACGAACGAGAUUAUGAUCUCUGUCACGAAGAGAUUAGCCGAAGUAAAGUGUUCUUCUACUAAGAAAGUUGAUCCUCCAGAAACUACUUUAGCAAUUCUUAACAAUAGAUUGCAAAACCUAACGGAGGAACUUAAUUCCAAAAUGGCGGCUGUAAACUAUACGCUAUCAGAUCACACUAAAGACUUAAGCGAGUUAAAGAAUCUAAACUCGGAAUCUGAACUAUCCAGACUAAGAAAGGAAAAUGCUGAACUUAAAAAUGAAAAUGCUAUGCUCAAAAACAAAAAUGAACAAAUAACUGAACGUGUAAAUAACUUGAACGUGUAA